GGAGGACGUUUUGAUUUGAUCAAUGCAUUAACAAAAAUGCAUCGCAUCCAAAGAAGCAGGCUGUUUUUUAUCCACCUGUAUGAUCACAAUCAUCUUUACGUUGAUGUCUACUGUGUGUUUUACUGCUUUAUCCAGCAGGUGGAGCUCCAACAUGAAGUCUGUGAAGGUUAAAUAAAGUUAAAGGAAAAAAAUAAGAUAAAAAAAACACAUAAGAUCGGUUUUAUCUGAGAAGGAAAUGUUUUCCUCCUUCAUGAAGCUUUAUGAAAAUACAUGUUUGAUUUGAUCCUCUUUUGAAUGUUAUGAAACAUCUGUGGAGAUGCAAAACUUUAUUUUAACUGUGAAUUUUCUUUACUUUCACUUUCUCUGUCGUGGAGUUGUGUCGCAGCAAGAAUCAGGAGGAGUUUCAAACCAGCUGUUGGUCUCCAGCUGAGCUUCUUCUGGUGUUUCCACGGUGACGGUAUGGCAGCUGCCUCAGCAUCUGAAGGAAACAUGGCACGACCUCUGAGCCACAGCAGCAGCUAUAACUGGCUUCCACCUGACAUGUCUGAGCUGAGGGUUGUUCUGCUGGGGAACAGCUGGUCUGAGAGGAGUUCAGUGGCGAACUUCAUACUGGGAGAGAAUAAGUUCAACACUGAGGAAGAACCAGACUGCUGUCUGAGAGUCAGAGGACGAUUGAAGGAGAAAGAAAUAGUUGUCAUCAACACUCCAGAUCUGCUGCUUCCUGACAUCUCUGAAAACAAACAAAGAGAAUAUGUAGGAACCUGUGAGAGACUCUCUGAUCCUGGACCUCAUGUGUUCCUGCUGGUUCUACAGCCUGAAGACUUCACUGAGGAACACAAACUGAAGCUCUGCAGAGUCCUUCAACUCUUCGGUGAUCAAUCCUUUGAUCAUUCACUGAUACUGAUAUCAACACCCAGAGAGGAGAGUCCAGGUUUCAUGGGUAAACCAGACCAGCCCUUAAAAGACAUGAUGAGAAUGUGUAGAUACAGAUACAUGAAGCAGGAGAACCUUGAACUUACAGAGCUGUUAACACGCUUGGGUCAAACUGCAAAGGAGAACAAUGGAGAUCAUGUGACCUGUGAUUUGUUUGAGGAUGCAGGUUUGAUCAUGACACUAAAGUCUGAAGACAUGAAACCAUCUUUAAACCUGGUUCUGUGUGGGAGGAGAGGAGCAGGGAAGACUUCAGCAGUCAAGGCCAUUUUAGGUCAGACAGAGCUUCAUCCAGUCUCCAGCUCAUCAGAGUGUGUUAAACAUCAGGGAGAGGUGUGUGGACGUCGGGUUUCUCUGGUGGAGCUUCCUGCCUUGUAUGGAAAACCUCAGGAGGCAGUGAUGGAGGAAUCAUUCAGGUGUAUGUCCCUCUGUGAUCCUGAGGAUGUCCAUGCCUUCAUCCUGGUCCUACCUGUUUGUCCCCUCACUGAUGAAGACAAGGGAGAGUUGGAGACCAUCCAGAACACAUUCAGCUCUCUAGUCAAUGACUUCACCACGAUUCUGUUCACUGUGGAUUCGGAUCCUACAGCUCCAGAUGUUGUUAAGUUUAUAAACAAAAAUAAUGGCAUCCAGGAGCUCUGUCAGAGCUGUGGAGGAAGAUAUGUUGUUCUCAACAUCAAGGACCAGCAGCAGAUCCCAGAGCUGUUGGAAGAUGUCGACAAGACGAGAGGAUCCAGAUGCUUCACAAUGAAGAUGUUUACCACGGCUCAGAUGGAGAAGGUUUCAAGGCUCAGAGCUGAACUGCAGGAUGUGGAACAGAGAAGAGGUGCUGAUGAAAAUCAGAACAGAGAGUGUCUCAGGAUGGUGCUGAUUGGAAAGUCUGGUAGCGGUAAGGGUUCAACAGCAAACACCAUUUUGGGCAACAAGCAUUUCAAAACCAGAAUCACCCCGAAGCCAGCAAACAAGUUUUGCCAGAAAGCAACAGGAGAGGUUGAUGGACGGCCUGUUGUCGUCGUCAACACCCCCGGCUUGUUUGACACGACUGUCUCUGAAGUUCAACAAGAGAUUAAAAGAUGCAUCAGCAUGUUGUCUCCUGGACCUCAUGUGUUCUUACUGGUGCUGAAGAUCGGGAACUUUACACAGGAGGAGAAAGACUCCGUGGAAGUGAUCAAGAAAUAUUUUGGCAAGAAGUCUGAACAUUUCAUCAUCAUUAUAUUCACCAGCGGAGAUGAAUUGGAAGAUCAGUCAUUUGAGAGUUACGUCGAAGAUUGUGAUGUCUUUGUCAAACAACUCAUAGAUGACUGUGGAGGGAGAUACCAGGUCUUCAAUAACAAAGACACAAACCGCACACAAGUCAGAGAGCUACUGACCAAUGUCGAGACCAUGGUGAAGGAAAAUGGCGGCUGCUACAACGAAGAGAUGUUUGACGACACAGAGGGAUACACACAGAUAGAAGUGGAGAGGGUUUUGAAAGAGAAGGAAGAAGACCUCCAGAGAAAACAUCAGGAAGAUUUGAAAACACUGAAAAGUAAAAUCACAGAAGAGGAGAGAAAACUGAGAGCAAAACAGCUGCAGGAGAAAGACGAAUGCAUCAGAAAGGAACGCGAGGAGAGAAAGAAAGAACGGGAGGAAGAGGAAAGGAGACGGAAAAAACAAGAGGAAACUAUGCGACAGGAAUGGAGAAGAAAACUGGAAGCUUCAGAGAAAAUAGUUCAAUCAGAAAGAGAGCAACGAGAAAACGCAGCAAAGAGGCUGGAGCAGUUUAGAAAAGAGAUGAAGAGAGAUCGCGACGCCUGGGACAAGGAAAGAAAGGACACCUGGGAACGAAUACAUCAAGAGGAUAAACAGAUUCUGGAAGAGGGGAAAACAAGCUUCAGAAAGCUCCAAGAAGAGUACUACUCUAAGAGAAGAAAGUGGACAUAUUCUGUGGUUGUGCUGCUGCUGUUUCUAUUAUUUCUAUUAUGUUAUAUAUUUCUGAGUUAGGCAUACACACACACUACGGAGGCAGGUGGUGUGGGCAGCUGAAGCCAUGGUUGAGAUAUAGUCUUUCGACCACUAUUUGACUAAGGGAUGUUCAUAAUUAACCGAAAUUAAGCAUUUUAACCGAUUAACGCUAUCGGUUAAAAUGGUUAAAAGAAAUAUUUAUAAUUAAUUUAAAAGCUGAGCGGCUCAUCUCUUUAAGAAGAAAAGAUGGUCCGCCUUAACAGCCCACAUUAAGAGGCGGAGCCGGAGUUGCAGGAUACAGGAAGUCGGCUCCGUCUCUCCAGCUCGCUUGAGCGGAGCGGAGUAGUUGUAGUUUCGUAGUUCGUAGUUGCUACACCUACGUUCACAGCUAGAACGCCACCAACAACCUCACACUCGCCGCCGCCACACGCAUGGUCACUCAUACUAGAGCUGCUAAUGUAGCACAAAUACACACACUGUUUGUAGGACAAUCGCUAUCGUUAAUCCGGGCAGACAGAGUAUCGUUAAUCCGGGCAGACAGAGUAUCGUUAAUCCGGGCAGACAGAGUGUCGUUA